UGUUCUUUUCCAUAAUAACGAUACAUGCAGUCGUUUAUCUUACAAUGGAAAGUGCCCAGGGAUUGCAGUUGUUUCGAUUCAGACUGCUUAAAUAAAAUAGACUUAAUCUGAUAAGGUGUGUGUGUGUGUGUGUGUGUGUGUGUUUCCGUCUGUCUCCUGAGCUAUCUUAUUUAGCCCCACCCUCUCAUUACACAGAGAAACUGGGAGAGUCUGAGGCACAGAAAGUAGCAAGAAAAACAAGGGAAAGUUCAAAAACUGCACCAGAUUCUCAGCAGGAAACCAGUCAGUUGAUCAGGCUUACAUUUACAGUUGGGAGAUUUUUGUCAGUUUCUGUAAGUCAUUCAUUCGGUUGGUCUCUCUGUCAGGUGGUUUAGUUAGUUGGUCCAUCAGUUACAGAAGCAGAAAUCUGGUCUGCAAUUUAACACUAAACACAUUAAGACAGAACCAAUAAACUACUCCCUAUGUCCCUGCAGCCAGUCAGCUGCUUAGUGAAGGGAGUGGCUUUCUGCUCUGCUGCCUGCAGCUGUAUUACAGUCAUUCACCAGGUCAUCCAGUGAUCCAGCCUCCUAGCCAGCCAGCCAGCCAGCCAGCCAGUAAGUCAGUGGUUGUAAAUGCAGGGCUGCUGUUCAGCUGCUCUGAACUCCUUGUAUCUCCCCUCAGGAUCUUACACCAUUGAAUCAGCUGAGGAGCUGCUGAGAGGUUUAUUGCGGUCAUCACUAUGACUGAUGGGGAUUAUGACUUCCUUAUAAAGCUCCUUGCCCUGGGGGACUCCGGCGUGGGGAAGACCACGUUCCUGUACAGAUAUACAGACAACAAGUUCAACCCCAAGUUCAUCACCACAGUCGGCAUCGACUUCAGGGAAAAGAGAGUGGUCUACACAGCGUCUAACCCCAAUGGGACGACCACGGGUAAAACCUUCAAGGUUCACCUUCAGCUCUGGGACACAGCUGGACAGGAAAGGUUCCGCAGCUUGACCACGGCCUUCUUCAGGGAUGCUAUGGGGUUCCUGCUGAUGUUCGAUCUCACCAGCCAGCAGAGCUUUCUCAACGUCAGAAACUGGAUGAGCCAGCUACAGGCGAAUGCUUACUGUGAGAACCCAGAUAUUGUUUUGGUAGGGAACAAGGCGGAUCUGGCCGACCAGCGGGAGGUUCAGGAGAGACAGGCCAAGGAGCUGGCCGAAAAAUACGGGAUCCCGUACUUUGAGACGAGUGCAGCGACAGGAGCAGAUGUGGACAAGGCGGUUCUAACGCUGUUGGACCUGGUCAUGAAGAGGAUGGAGCAGUGCGUCGACAAACCCCCUGCCGAGCCUGCCAAUGGGAACGGGGCCACAAAGCUUGGUGAUGCACAGCCGAAUGCUAAGAAAUGUGCAUGUUAGAUGAAGAGGCGAUACAGGACAACAACCAGUCAGUGCUGCUCUGUCGUCUGUCCUUCUUCUCACCACAUUCCUUCCUCUGUUUACUUUAUCCUUGUCAUUUUUGAUAGCAUGUCUCUUCAUUGUUUCAUCACCCCUGUGCUCUUUAAAGCUAACAUUUAGCCAUGUUCUCCUAUUUUGGUUCUUUUCCUCCCUUUAUGCUUACUUGUCCUCCCUAAUGUCAUUCUGACAAUGAAAGAACUCUAUCCCCCUCUAAUGGACUCUUACGGUAAUACAGUCUCUGUUGGUCUGCCUUUAGAAGGAAAUUAAAACAGGAGGGGACAGUUUCAUCACUGUCAGACGCACAAUGUGCCUAGUUAAAAACAUGCACCCUGGGAAUAGGCUCUGCACGCUCCCAAUUUAACUGCUCGCAAGUGCUUUGAAUGAUUUAACGGACCUAAACAGUCAAAAAGACGCAUUUAAAAGUUUAAUUUGGACUCUUUAUAUGUUGAUCUAUCUAUUUAUGGCCGCAAAAUGAGGGGGACUUAACUUUGUUUUUAAUCAGUAUUGGUCCUCUCCUAAAGUGUUUGCUCCUGGAUCACAGUCAGAAAUUGUGUGACUGAUAUGGUUUAAUUCCUCUGUUAUUUAUAAUUGUUUUUUUCUCCCCGUUUCACAAAGUGUCCUAUGCUGUACCCAUAUGAGCCACAUUUAGUAACUUUUUGAUUUUUACAUUUUUUUGUCAGGUUUAGACAUGGCAGACAUUUGCUAAAAAAUGCAAAAUGCUUUUUCUUUUUGUUAAUAAAAUAAAAAAAUUUAUAGUGCAGCAUAACAUAAAAUAAAAUCACCCACUGCUGGCUUCUUUUGUUUCUUUCUCUAGGUAACAUCAGAUAGUACCCUCUCAUGCAGUAUGGUAUCAGAAACAUGUACUUUUUUCCAUUGUCACUAAUUUUGUUUACAGGUAGUAUUGUCCUAUAUAGAUUAUAGAAAGUUGCACACUUAAUAAAGGGUAUAGCAUUUGACCUCAAUUGUUUGUGACCAUAUAUUAUAUUUCAUUCGUUUACAAUGAAGACACAAAUUUACCACACAAAAACAACCAAACAGCAUACAGUAUGUGACAUCAAUAAUAUUUUAAAAAUGAUGCCGUCUGCUAGCUUGGUAGUGAGCACCAUCCAAGCAGAUGAUGUAUCAUGUUCCUACUGUUGGUGAUUCUUAACGUUCACUUUCUGACCACAAUCAGAAAAAAUCUAUUUAAACACUCCUACAUUGUCAGGGUUUUUUGUUUGUUUGUUUGUUUUUUCAGUGUCCUACCAACUUUAACGUUUUUCAUUUUAAAGUUGGUUUUUUUUUGUGGGGUGGGUGGGGGUUUAUUAUUAUUUUUUGUUAAGCCACAUCACCUGGUUUUACAUGGCAAACUUGAGGUUUUCACUGAAGUAGAAGACCACAAAUACUGGCAUUUUCCACCUUCUCAUAUCAAAUAUUAGCAUUUGAUAAGUUUAGAUAUAUCCUAGUCUGCUAAGGAUUCCUAAUAUCAUUAGAAAAGUUUUUUGGCUAGAUUUUAUAUGUUUGUUUCCAUUUCCAAAGUAUUAAUUAAGAGACAGUUUUUUCAGAUGGCUGGUGCCAUCAACACUAUAAAAGAUGGGCAUAGCUACUUGUUUUGAAGCCUCAAAAUGAGUGAUUUUGGCAUUGUGAAACCAGAUGUAGUGGAGCCAAAGUAAGCCAUAGUGAGCAUAUCCUGGAUAAUCCUCCUUUCUGACAUACAGAUUGACCAGAAUAUACAAAAUAAACUUAACGUUUUAGACGGUGUGACCCGAAAUGAGCAACUGACCUGAUAAACUCGGUAGAAAAAUGUUGACAGACAUGCAGACAGAGGGCCGUUUUCUUUACUUCUACAGAAACUGAAAUCUCAGCCUAUUGUUGGCCUUUGGAAAGAAUGCCAUCUUUAUUAUAGGACUUGUAUGGGUAUAGCAUGACACAUGUGCAAUAAAGGAAAAAAUCAAUUGCAUAUUGAUCAUUUUAAUAGUGUUUAUCAGCAUAGAUGUGUUGUUCCAAAGUGACCUACUGCCUUGACCUUUGAAGCAUUAUUCCACUGUAGUCAGGCAGACCUUGUUGGAGACGGUCCAGCUGUGCUAUUAGAUGUUCGGGAGGCACAUUGUCAUUGUAACUUUCUACCAUUUACUUAAAAAGCUCAAAAUAAAGUUGUCUGCAGCAACAAAUCAACAUCCAAGCUCUCUGAAUAAAUCCUUUCUAAUCACAAAAAUAAUAAUAACAGCAUAGAAUGGGAGUAAAAUGCAGAAUUAGCUUUAUCAGGUGACAUGAGAUCUUCAGUGCAGCUGAUUUUUGAUUAGACUUUUUCACAUCUUUACAUCAGAUAAUCAGAGAAACUCCAAUAUGGCUCUGGGCUCCAAUUCUGUCCAUGACUAAUGUUAGAUUAUAUGUUGACUAGUUAUUUAUUUUACAGUACAUGCGAGACAUAUGUAGUUAUUUCUGUUGUCCUGUUUUUGUUCUGUUCUUUACAUCCCACGUUCCUGUGUUACGUCAUCUAAUUUAAUUUAAUUUAAGUAGCUGCUUUUAUAUUGAUUUACUUUUUCAUUGUUUUAGUAUUUUUGUGCUCAAAGCAUAAAAACAAAAAAUCCAGAAACUUUGGUUUUACUAAUUUCAGCUUUGAGUUGUCUUGGUUAAAUCUCUUCAACCUGGAUUUGGGUGGUUUAUCCAAUUCAUCCGAGCUAAUCUGCAUCUUCAAGCGUCAUCAGAUUGGAUGGGAAGUGUCUUCUUUGUGCCUCUCAAAAGAUGUUCUGAUGGAUUAAAAAUUUGGCUUGGCCACUUAAGAACCAACAGUGACUCGCCCUGAAGCUUUUCCAGCAUUGCAAUGGCUCUGUUCUUUAGUUCAUUGAUUCAUGGUAUGCUGAAGGAUGACUGGAUGUCUCAGCCUGUGGUAGAAGCACUCAGUAGUUGGGUUUUCUUCCAAAACUUUUUUUUUUAUUGGGCAAAAACAUGUUGUCACUGUGUUAUUAAGUUUAGAUUAAUCAGGAAAUGUAUAAAUGUAAUCCAACAAAAGCGUGUAAAAAGUGAAGUAUUUUUGAAGCCUCUACAGUUUUGCAUUUAUUUUUUAUUUUUUGGCUUAGUUUUUUUUUUUUUACUUGAUCACAACCUUUUAACUCACUGAGGACAGGAAAAGCCUAUGUUUUUGCACCUGAAACACGACAACAGUGGCAUGUAUUUAGAUGCUAAUUACAAAAUCCACUAUAUUAAAAUGUCAAUUUCAUCUUUGAGUCAGUGAUUUCUUUUUGGGUUUUUUUUUUUUUCUGUGUGUGUGUGUGUGUGUGUGUUUAAAGUGCAGCUCAGUUUUCCAUAAAUCAAAUAACACCUUAUGUGAUCAAAGAAUAUUGAGGGAAAAAAGAUUUGAUUGGCUGCUGAUAAAUGUUGAUUUUUGUGCAUCAGUGAACCAGCUGAGAAAGUUCAAAGCUGUUCCAACUUGUGGGGGAGUAUAGCUGUAGCGUGCUGGGUUUACUGUAGGCUGUCAUUCAAAGCAAAUCAAAGACCAGGGCUUAACAAAUGGGUCAUUAGGAAGCAGUAUAUUUAUUAUCAUUUUCCUUUAUUCAUUUAGGUAAACAUCUCAUUAAGAUUAAAACCUCUUUCAUGAGAGACCUGGCCAACAGGGCAGCAGAAGUUACAAUAAAUACAUACACAUAACACUAUAUCAAGCAAAGAAACAAGUACUAUAGUUUAAAAUUUUAACCACAAAUUGAAUCUGACAGUGUGUUAAAUAACAUUUUUUUCAAAUAAAUAUUUGUUACUUUAGGUUCUUGACAGCUAAACAUAUUAAUUUUCCAACAACAGAUUUCAUUGCCAUAUUGAAGUGCUACUUACAGUAUAUUUGAUUUUUAGAUGUUCAACAAUAAUUUGCUGAUAGUAUGAAGCGUUGACUCUGUCUCCCAGUUACUUGGCAGAAAAUUCUGUCUUUCUGUAGGCUGGUUUGCAGCAUUGUGUAUGUUUUCUACAGGUGUUGUCUUUUAUUUUGGUUGUAAAUUAUGCAGACGUUGUUUGUAUGGGUAAAAUAGUUAUAAUGUACAAGCCACUUAUGUCUAAAAGUAUAGUUGGAAGAGAAACCUCAGUAAAACGAACUAAGUAAAUGUGUGGUUAUUAGUUUACUCUGGCCCACCUUUUAUUCAUAAAGCGAGUGAUGUUUUAGCAGAAGUCUAUCAUUUAGCCACUAGAGGGGAGAAGAUCGAGUGGCAGUCCUUGCAUGUUAGCAGUCAGUAGCCAGAUUACACACCUAGCGCAUGUAGACAGGAGUUGUAAUUCUUUACUCCAUUGUUCACCUUCCUCUCAGCUCUGGUUGAGUCUCCUCCAUAAAUUAAACUGGAUUUGUGGCUGUUUAAUGUUUGUGUCUUUGUUUUUUGCCUGUCUGCCGUUUGGUGAAAUUGUUUGGGCUGGCCAGAGCAGCAAGACCAAACCGGGUAGUAAAUGUGCUGUAAAACCAAAACUAAAGCUGAAAGAGGCUAAAAAGCUCCGUACCAUGCUGCAUAAUUGUGAGUUCUCUGUGAGUGUCAGUUUUUAACAUAGUCAUGUCAAGUUUCCGUUGAAAGAAAUUGAUGAAAAUGAAUUAUGAGGCAAAACAUGACAUGCAGUUGCUUAACUACUUUAACUAGAUGACAUGCAACUUAUUAGGACUAAUAAAGUUAGGGAAAUUGCUUCAAUAUUGAUUAACUUUACAAUCGCAAUCGCAGCUCGGGUCAAACAGAUUAACACUAAAAGUCUUUGUAUUUGAGAUCUGAACACGUCUCCAAAUGGGCAAGAAUUUUCCUUAACCAAUGCCUUUAAUUGUGACAAUCUUCUAGGACAAAUUGUCGGUUUUUACCUGAACCCUUCUUCCAAUAUUACUCAUCGUGUCUUCAUUUCAGUCCCACCCCCUCCCUUUUCUUUUUUCUUUUUUCUUUUUUUUUUAAAUCUUCCGUCCAUCUCUUGCUGUUUUUGACCGUCAUUUUCUCCAUGAACCUAUCGUGUCUUAAGUGUUGUUUUUGAAUUCACUUUGAAAGUUUACACUGUUUGCGGUCAUGUUGUGCCUGUUAUAAUAACUCUUCUGUCUGAUCCUCUGUAAAGUUUGUGAGCUACUGAAUAUUUUAAUGCAUUAUUGAUUAUAGAUUAUAAAUCAGAGGCAAAAGCGAACAGAAGUCAGAUGUUCUGGGUUUUUUGUGUAUGUCAGAUUUAUCAAAACAACAAAUCAAUCUAAGUACCUCUAAGAGCUUUUAUUUUUGGAUCUCCUGUGUGUGAAUUCUCUCUGAUGCCUGCGGUUUGUACUCGUUCGUUCAGUUUUCAAUGUGUGUAUCGAUGCCUGUGUGUUUGUUGCACUGUCAGCAUGUUUGACAGUAUGAGAACGGAUUGACCUGUUCAGUGUUUCUGAUGCAGGAGCUGCAAAACAUUUGUUGGUUUUAUCCAGUUUUUUUUUUUUUUGUUUUGUUUUGUUUUUUUGGGUUUGUUUGCUUUUGUUUUGCUUCUUUUCUUUUUUUUCCCCGACAUGUCAGCUGCGACUUGAUACAGAUGGCCACUGCGUCUUAUAGUCAGCUAAAAUGCAUUAUAAAGGUAUCUGAUACCAACCACGGUGUGGUGUUUCUGUCUGGAGGAGGAAGUUGCAAAUACAUUUAUCAUUGCACAUUUAUGUUAAUAUUUUAGUUUCCUUGAUAAAUUGCUCACGAAUUAAACUUACAUAUAUGCAUUUUUAUCUUGUGGAAGCAGACGUGAUUGGCCUAUUAUAUACACUUCUCUGAAUUUUGCCUGUGGGAAUGUGACUAUGUCUUGACUGUACUUAUUCUACUAAGUUUACAUUUUCUGCCUUUUGUUUUUUUUAAACAAAUCUCUUUCCCCAUGAAAAAAAAACCUUUCAGAAGUGCUCCAAAGCUUGAUAAAUUAUAACAGUGUGUGAUGCAGCAUAAUCCAGCUAAAGUUUAAAAUGUUCCUCCAAGUUGAUGUUUGAAAAUAUAUUUCAUGUAUCAAUCUUUUCAUGUAGUUUGUAUGACUUUGAUGGAUAUAUACUCUUUCGGAAAUCAUUAACCUGAAUUCAAAAACUCCACUAGGUUCACAAGAAACUGUUCUCACCACACUCGGCAGAGCAGUGUCACCACAGGCCAGGUACAGAAAAGCUGUCAGCAUCAUUAAGGUGGCACAUUUCAUUCACUCCCUGGGUUAGGUUACAUACCCAAAGUGUGUGGGGCUAAAAUGAGCAGGGGUCUGCUGGAUGAGGAUUUUCAGCAAAGUUUCAGCAAAGCAUUGUUUACUUGCUGCUUAUUCAUCAGAAACUGUUCAGUAAAUGACUUUUUUCCCCAACAUAGUUUUCAGAGAUAGUUGCAGACAGUCAAGUUAAGAUAGCAAACGUGAAAUAUUGGAAAGUCUUGCUGUUCCUGAUUGCUUGGCUGUUUCGUGUGCUGUCACAUAUUGUUAUAUCUAAAGACCAUAAUGCGCCCAGUGAUCUUUAACCUUGUCUGUUGUGCAUUGUCUUUUUUGGCAAAUUGCCUACAUGAGUGAAGAAAAGCAUACAAAAAGAACAAUUACACAAUUUCCUGUAUUGUGUUCUCAUAAACAGACAAUAUAUUUGUCACAAAGUUAGUUUUAAAUGCAACCCCUCUGUGACUGUGGGGCAAAGUAGGUCCUGUUCUGAGUCAGUAGUAAUCACAAAAAGCAAAAAAUAUAAUGUGAUAACUCUUUGACUUAGGAAAAUAGUUGUGUUAUUCUUAUGCAAUACUCAAUGCUGCUUCCAUUUCAGGAAAACCUUGUUCCUCACAACAACAAACAAAACAAAACCCAAAGUCAGUCCAGUCAUUGAAUCUUCUGGACAGGAAUGCCCUGCCGUGGUGUUGACUAUCAGACCAAAAUCAAGAUUUUAUGGUGAAAUAACCAAACCUGCCUGAACAUUUGACCAAAACUUUGAGAAUUUUUUUUUUUGUGAUUCAUUUUCUUUUGUCAUGAUUUUACUUGUGUUGCCUUUGACACCGAUGCUAGUUUUGUUUGUAACAGUUAUAAAAUGUAAAAAGGAACAAACAAAAAAAAGCAAAAAGGUUUUGAGAGUGUAAUAAGCCGGAACUGAACGUGUAUGUAUUGAUGAGUAUCUUUGUCAGUUGUUUGCAUUUUAUCUAGCCGAAGCGUUUGUUAUAGAUUGACUUUGCAACUUGAGAGCUGAUUAAAAAUGAACUUAGUACUAUAAUAACUUUCUGAUGUUUUUGUCUUUGAUUUGUACUUCUGCUUGUGUGUAGUCAUGCUAGGUUAAUUGAUACAAAUAGGAGUUUGUUAAUGCUUUGUGCAUCACGUCCUCAUAGAUAUCACUGAGCUUCUUUCAGGGGGAGAAGCUGGAAGUCCCCAGUUUGGUGAACUUGUUUAUAUUUCCUUGAAGUAAAGACUACUUUUUUUUUCUUUCAUCACUUAUAAGCAUAGAAAUGUUUAGCUUCAUAAUGGUAAAUCAUGCAAUGGCAGAACCUACCAUUCAUGGUUUUUUUGUUUUUUGUUUUUUUCAACGUUACAUUAGCUCUUGUAAUUCAGUGCUAAUAAAUGUGUAAUUAAUAUUUAACUGUUUAAAAACAUUGGCCACUUUACUUAUUACCUACACAAACUAGAAAAUGUGACAAAGCACAUUUGAAGUCAGCUACAUGAAAAUAAAAUGUUGGUUAGUAGCAGGCUAAUAGGUUUUUUUUUUUUCUUCUUUUUCUAUGUAUUUUAUAUUUGAAAAGCAUGUUGACAAAAGUAUAGUUUUUUGUAUUUCAUUGACUAAUGCAGAACAACGUUACAUCAAAUUUAAUCCUGAGCUCUGUUUUUGUGCAGUUGGUUAUAUUUUUAGUAACUUCCCCCCAGAAAAGGCCAUAAAGUCAUUUACUUCUCAAAAACAGCGCAAAAAAAUAACAACUCAAAUUCACAGUGUAGAAGAAUUUAUUUUAUCUUAUAGUAAGAAACUUCUCACCAAAAGAGAAAAUGUGGAAAAAUAAAUACCCAAGAAUAGUGGAACCAUGUGAAGUAUAGUUACAAAAAUAAGUCAGCAUAUUUAGUUUCUUUUUACAUUUCUGUAGAUACCCUCUUUUUCUUUUGCUACGAGGAAAAAAAAAUGCAGUAGUGUAGUUAUUAUAGCUGAGAUACAGCAACCUAGACAAAACUUGUGAUUUAAACUCCUCUUUCCAAACAAGCUAAAAACAUUAAAAAAUGUAAACAUAGCAGGGAAUUAAAACUGUGUGAAUAUUAGCUUUUAAUAUAUUUCUAACAGACAUCCUUCAAACUACUUUUUGCAUAUUACCGAUAUCUGAGAAUGACUGUCAAAUAUGCUUAAUAUUCCACUCUUGAUUUUAAUUCAACAAUCUAGUUUGUUUUUGUCUGAAUGCUUGGUUUUCUUAAAAAAACAAAACAACUAUCCUCCAAAUAAAAUUAUGCAGAAUAUUAAACUAAAAUCAGAAUACAUACAUGAAUGAAGAUUGCAUUCACAAAAGAAAAAAAAUGCAUUACUAUUAAAUUACAAAGGUAAGUUACGAGAUCAGAAUGUUGUAAUUUUUCAACUAGUGUGCAAAAGAAACAUCGGGUUAAAGUUCUGAUUUCCUGUCUCAUAACAGAAUCUUGACUUUUUAUAUAAAUUAGAAAGUAGUUGAGGUAAUCCUAGGGAAAAAAGGAUUUUCUUUUGUGAAUCCAACUCAUUUCUGCAUACAUAAUCUUUGUUCCCUCCUCAAUACGACACAUUUUUACAUGUUUAAAAAUGACCAGAGUAAACGCCUCAUUCGUUUUGUCCUCUUUUUGAAAUAAAUCUUAGCCUUGAAGCUUAUCUCAUGUACAGGUACAACAUGCAGGAG